GCUCUUAAACACUGACCACAAUUAAGUCAAUGUCUCUUAGUAACAACAGAUAAGUAUAAUCUGAUAUUUUGUUCUAGGCAAUUUAAUUUUUUUUCUUUUCUUUCUUUCUUUUUUUCCACCCAUUGGGAGGAAGAAUGAGGUCUGUGCAUAUUUUAAUAAUUUUUGCCGAGUUGCUGGUAAUUUCUUUACGAUCUGCGGCUUUAUCCAGUGAUGCUUACCCUUCUGGUUAUGGCGAUGAAUCGGGGACUUGUGUCGGAAUUGGUGAUACGAUCUCGAGUCCUUCGAGAAGGGAAGUUUAUGAUAACGGAGAAAUAAUUGACAUCACACACAGGUUCACUCCCAAUACACCUGUGGGGAGUUCUACCGAGGGCGUCGGUCGGUUUCUAACGCUGUUGGAGAGCAUGAAGAAUGGCUCGGACUAUAAUUUCUCGGAAAUGAAAUUACCUGUGCACUCUGGUACUCAUGUUGAUGCACCAGGGCAUAUGUAUGAUAACUACUUCGAUGAAGGAUAUGAUGUGGAUACACUUGAUCUUAGAGUUCUUAACGGUCCAGCGUUGCUUGUUGAUGUUCCAAGAGAUAAGAAUAUAACUGCUGAAGUUAUGGAGUCCUUAAAUAUUCCCAAGGGAGUGAAAAGAGUGCUAUUUAGAACACUAAACACUGACAGGCGUCUUAUGUACAAAAAGGAAUUCGACGCGAGUUAUGUGGGAUUUAUGAAAGACGGGGCGCAGUGGCUUGUAGAUAACACUGACAUUAAACUCGUUGGAAUCGAUUACCUAUCUGUUGCUGCUCAUGAUGAUCUAAUUACUUCUCAUCUCGUUUUCUUAAAAAGCAGGGAAAUUAUCCUCGUUGAAGGCCUGAAACUCGAUAAUGUUCGACCUGGAAUAUAUACCGUGCAUUGCUUACCUUUAAGGUUGGUUGGUGCAGAGGGAUCACCAAUUAGAUGCAUCCUUACCAAGUGAUCAGUCGAUCAUUUCCUUGUGCAGCAAAUACUUCUCCUAUAAUCUGAUAUCAGUCACAUAGAUUGAGGAGCUUUCAUUAGGGAAUAUGUUAUAUGGCUGCAGAAAACAUGUCUUUUUGGCUUUUUAAGGUUUCGAGAAGUCUGAGGUUCUUUGUAAUCUAGCAUGAAUAAGAAUUCGUAUAUGGAUGUAUGUUAGCAAUGGAGUGUAUUGGAAUAAUAUGAUAUGGUGUUUGCUGAUUUUUGUGGAUUUGUUGCGUGGAGGAUUUGUGAAA